CCAACCACACUGCUAACCUUAUGCCUAACGUUAAAUUAAGACCAAAAAGCACAUUUUUGUUUUCAUUUUUUGUUUGUUGCUAUAGCCAAUUUGGACUUUGUGGCUGUGAUCACGAGUGGAAACUGAGAAAUGUUGAACCAAAUAGAAGAUUAAGAAUAAUGACCGGAAAUCGUUCAUCAUCAGCAGCAAGGGCAACAGCAGAAAACGCUUCUUGAUGCUAAAAUUGUGUAUUUUCAUGCAAUUGCUGUCUCUUCACGAAGAACACAAUGCUUUCAAAGCAUCUGUAGAGUAGCCUUCUUCGUCUGAUGGGUUGGAUAAUGCACUUUUUCAAAAGUUUGUUACAGGUUGAGGAGGCGUUGUGUAGUAGUUGUUUUUCGUCUGAUCAAAUUCAUUCAGCCAAUCACUAUUCAGAAGUACCGACGUUAAAGUAUCCGUGUUUCAUUGAACCUUUUUUUUUUUUAAAUGCGUGGCAUUGUUAUCCUCGUCAGACACUUUCUAAAUUAUAUCUAACACACUGCCUUCAUAUUAAAUGACAUGCUACCUGUGAAAUCUAGACUGCAAAAUGAAGGUUCAUGAUUGUGAUUUUCUUAUAUGAGCAAAUGUAUUUUCAAUCUGUAGCCGAAUACAAGUAGAUAGUACACAGCGCGGUGUCUAAAAUGUAAGAGUGGUGUUUGUCCAACCUGCCGCGAUGAAUUUGAAGAUGAAAUGUGUCCUCGUGCAGUAAUAACCCCACAUAACAUUUGCAGUCAGCUCCUCUCACUUCCAUUUGUGCCUACUAGUGGGCUAAUGUCUUCAUUUGAUCUCUUGCAUGUAGUUUGAUCAAACCACGAAAACAUAUUUGGGGUGAUAAAUGCUUAACAUGUAUAUAAUUUUGUAAACCCAUGUCACUACAUUUUGGAGAGCAAGACAGACAUGCUGUUGCCAUGUGAAACCGGAUGCUGUUUUAUCUUACCUUCAGGACAGUGGUUGGAGGUCCCAUAGGUAGGCCUACCAUAGGUGAUUCUGUGAUGAGCCGUCGCAAGGUUUCUUUGAAGGAGCUGGGUCAGGUGGACUGCCAGGGCUGGCUCUACAAGAAGAAGGAAGGCAAGGGCUUCCUGGGAACAAAAUGGAAGAAGUACUGGUUUGUUCUGAAAAAGAUCUCCAUGUACUGGUACACUGGUCAGACGGCUGAGAAAGCAGAAGGAUACAUCGACCUUACAAACUUCACUGUCGACCAAGCAACAGAGUGCAAGAGAAAGCAUGCUAUGAAGGCCAGCCAUCCACAGGUUGUGACACUCUACUUUGCCGCCGAGAGUCUGAGAGAGAUGAACAAGUGGCUGUCUAAACUGGCAGCGGCUGCUACACUGAACGAGUCGUCAGAGAGGAACACUGGGGAGUGCUACAGUGAGGAGAGUGACCAAGAGGAGGUGGAGUCACUGGAGACAUCUGCCGUGUUCCACUCUGAGCAGCUGACCAUAGACUCUGUUAAUGGAGAUGUCCCCCCAUCUUGCUCCACCUCGUCCCCCUGUCACUCCACUGUCCCCAUGUCUGCCCCUGACAGCAUUGUGACUUCAGAGAGCAUGGGGUCCUGGCUGGAUGUCCCUUCUCCAGAGAGGGCAGUGGGACAGGGCGCUCCCUUCCACCCCUUCAGACUGGAAGAGGAGGAUGGACCGGGGGCUGAGGCCCAGGGAGGAAAGGAGGAGGGCACAUCUGAUGAAAUGGAGGCACUGUACAUCCAUCUAAAGCAUGCCAGACUUUCUCCAACUGGAGAACUGAAGAGGGACUUCAGAGCGUCAUUCAUUCAACGCUGCAAAAAUGACAGAGUCAAUGAGAAGCUGCAUCUGGUUAGGACCCUCAACAGCACUUUAAAGGCAAAAGAAGCCGACCUGUUGGCUAUAGAACACGUGUUGGCAGAUCCCAUUCUUACUGCACAGAGGUAUCGUCAAUGGAGGGCUGGGAAUGUGGUGCUACUGCAGGAGAUUACUCGUCACAAAAAGGGCCCACCAGGUGGCAGCAGAGAGCAGUCUUUCCCCCUCGAAGCUCCACGGACCCACUGCACCGCUGAAACCAGUGUGUGACCAACACAGAACAAUGAUAGGCAUAGAGGCAUCGGAUACGAUUCUUCACGGCCCGUAUUUAUAAAGCGGCUCAGUUUAGGAGUGUUGAUCUAAGAUCAGCACCCCCCCUUAAGGCUAAACUGAUUUUAGAUCAGCACUACUCUGAGAUACUUUGAGUAGGAGCCCAGGCAUGCCCAUAAACAAAAAAACAACAGCAUUGUAUUCCUUAUUUUAUCGAGAAUAUUCCUGAAAAUGUGCCGUGGAUAUUCCUAUGCUUUCUUGUAUGAAUGGUUAUCCAUGUUUCUUAGUAUUUUAAUCACAUUUUCUUUUAUGACAUGUGCAGUAUAGUGCCACUUAGGGAUUUUGGGAACAAGAUGGUCUCUCUUUUAAAGGGAAACGUAAUUUUAAUGGGACAUUUUGCAUUCCUUUAGAAAUGUGUUUGCUAAAUCACAGGGUCAUGUAUCCUAUCACUGGGUACGGGUUGGGUGUUAUACUAUUGUUCUAGUCACCAUUGUUUGUAACACUGAUAUUAGGGAAGGUUGUUCUAGGUACACACCUUGUUCAAUUAGUUUCACAUCACUGAGUCUGGCCUAAGUACAGUCUGUCUAAAUAACGUUUCCUGUCAUAAGUAAAUCAGCAUUGACUGAAUUAUGUUUUUAAUAUUUUAAUAUAUUUUAUCAUUCAAACUUUGUAAAUAUUUUGUACAUUGUGUAUGGUUUUGUGGAACGAACUUGUACUGUUUACAUGUAUCAAUUUAACAAGAAUAUGCUAAACAAAUAAAGUCAGAGCUUUUUGCUAAG